AUGAUGGAGGGUAUGAGGCUGGACUUGGAUUCGAAGUCAGCGGAUAUUGCCGAGAUCAAAAGUAAUUUAGCUCUCUUGACAAGCUAUAUUAUUGGAGCUGCCAACAAACAGGCGAACAGCCCAUCCGAGCAGAACAAUGGAGCCAAAGAUGUCUCUCCACCUCGUCAACUAUCAGCUGAGACAAACGCUUCCCAGGAUGGAGGGAAUAGUGAUACCCUCAGUGCAAGUUUGACAAAUGUCUCGCAUUCAACAGAGCCCCGCGCUAUCUCCUCAUCGGACAUCUCGGGGGAGGGCCUUCGUUCUCUUCAGGGGAGCCCCAAGCCGAACAAUCAAAACGAUAGUGACAGCAACAUCGAAAACGCUGCUACCAAAUCACCUUCGCCUGACAACAACCACUUUCUUCACGGAUUGUCUACCCCUUUGGCCAACGACGAUGAGAUAACCCGCCCCGAUUCCAGCGGUGGGGUUUCAAUCUCAAGUAGCAUUUGGCAGAUAAGGCCACAAACCGAGGUGCCUAGCGACUGCGAGCCUAAGUUUACUGUUCAACAACCAGAACAGCAAAAGCCGCAGCAGCAGCAAACGACGAAAGUCUCGAUCAAUGGUGUAACUCGAGCCAUCCCGAGCUCCAUCAAAGGCCCCGAUUCCUUUAAGAAACCACCAAUGCCUUUUCAACCUGGGAGCUUUGCCCCACCGUAUAUGAAGCAUAACAAUGCUUUCGGGGCAUCCGCUACACACAGCUUUCAUGGCUGGCAAGGUGGGCCACAGCCACAUCCACACUUCGCUGUCGGUCCCUCAGCUUGGCACGCUCAUCCUGCCGGGCAAUGGCAAGGCGCUAAACAUCCAGGGGCCUUUGGCCCGGCUGCCGGCCCUCACGCCUUCGGGCCAUUUUCUCAUCGGUAUGAACAUUAUGCUACUGGAUUGCACGCCCCAAAGACCCGCGUCAAGACAUGCACCAAUUGUGGAGAUCCUACACACUUUUAUAAACACUGUCCACAAAGAUCCGCGACCUUCAAUGGCGGAAGACCCAACAAACAAUUCGGGCCCGAUGGCGGUAAAAAAUGCCUCAGCUUCUUUGGGUUUUGCAAGAACUUCAAGGAGUGCGAUUGUCCCAAUAGGGCCUCCUCCUUCUCUAUUGACCGCCAAUUGGAGUUCAUUGACUACAUGAUUGAAGUCAACCGAGUUGAUUCUAUUAACAAAACGGCUCAAAACGGUAUUCCAUUCGAACCACCUUGCGCCUAG